AUGGACCAGUUGAACGUGAGCCAAGUGGGUUGGGGUCACCGUGGAUCGGUCCCCAGUUGCUACAGGGUGAUUCUAAUUCUGACAAAGCUGUAUGACUACAACCUGGGAAGCAUUACAGAGAGCUCUCUUUGGAGGUCAACAGAUUAUGGGACGACAUAUGAGAAACUGAAUGAUAAAGUCGGUCUGAAGACUAUUUUGAGCUACUUGUAUGUUUGUCCAACAAACAAACGUAAGAUUAUGCUGUUGACUGAUCCAGAAGUUGAGAGCAGCUUAUUAAUCAGUUCUGAUGAAGGGGCCACCUAUCAAAAAUACCGUCUGAACUUCUAUAUCCACAGUCUGCUCUUCCACCCCAAGCAGGAAGAUUGGAUCUUAGCAUACAGCCAAGAUCAGAAGUUAUUCAGUUCAGUGGAGUUUGGCAGAAGAUGGCUGCUUCUUCAUGAAGGAGUUGCACCAAACAGGUUCUACUGGUCUAUGAUGGGGUCCAGUAGAGAGCCUGAUCUUGUGCACCUGGAGGCAAAGACAGUGGAUGGUCACGCCCAAUAUAUCACCUGCAAGAUGCAGAACUGCAGUGAAGCCACUCGCAGCAAACCCUUUCCAGGCUAUAUUGACCAUAACUCCCUGAUCGUCCAGGAUGAUUAUGUCUUUGUUCAGGUGCAGAACACCCUUUUAUUUAUUCUAUUAUUUUAUAUUCUGUUAUUUUGUCUUCCCUUCUUUUGCAUGUGUCUGCCAAAGUACUCCUUGCCCAAGGACAUGCAUGUUAUCAGCACAGAUGAGAAUCAGGUGCUCGCAGCUGUUCAAGAGUGGAACCAGAACGAUACGUACAAUCUGUAUAUCUCCGACACCCGAGGGGUGUACUUCACCCUGGCCUUGGAAAAUGUCAAGAGUAGUCAAGGGCUGGAGGGGAAUGUGAUGAUUGACCUCUAUGAGGUAGCAGGGAUAAAGGGAAUGUUCUUGGCUAACAAGAAGAUUGACAACCAAGUGAAAACUUUCAUCACCUACAAUAAAGGGAGAGACUGGAGUUUGUUGCAGGCUCCGGACACUGAUCUGAGAGGAAACCCCGUUCGCUGUCUCCUACCCUAUUGCUCCCUUCAUCUUCACCUGAAGGUCUCAGAGAAUCCCUAUACCUCAGGAAACAUCGCCAGCCGAGACACUGCCCCCAGUAUUAUUGUAGCUUCAGGUAAUAUAGGCACUGAACUGUCAGACAAUGACGUCAGCAUGUUUGUUUCUUCUGAUGCUGGGAACACUUGGAGACAGAUCUUUGAGGAAGAGCACAGUGUUCUGUACCUGGAUCAAGGUGGAGUACUGGUCGCCAUGAAACACACAUCUCUGCCUAUCAGACAUCUCUGGUUAAGUUUUGAUGAAGGGAGAUCUUGGAACAAGUACAGUUUCACAUCCCUCCCACUGUUUGUAGAUGGAGUUUUAGGGGAACCUGGAGAGGAAACUCUCAUCAUGACAGUGUUUGGACAUUUCAGCCACCGCUCAGAGUGGCAGCUGGUGAAAGUAGACUACAAGUCCAUUUUUGAUCGGAGGUGUGCAGAAGAGGACUACAGGCCUUGGCAACUCCACAACCAGGGAGAAGCUUGCAUCAUGGGAGCAAAAAGGAUCUACAGGAAGCGCAAGUCAGAGAAGAAAUGCAUGCAAGGAAAAUAUGCUGGGGCUAUGACCUCGGAGCCAUGCGUGUGCACAGAGGCAGACUUUGACUGCGAUUAUGGAUAUGAACGUCACAGCAAUGGGCAGUGUUUACCAGCGUUUUGGUAUAAUCCAUCUUCCCUGUCGAAAGAUUGUAGCCUCGGACAGAGUUACCUUAACAGCACUGGAUACCGGAAAGUUGUUUCUAAUAACUGCACGGACGGCGUGAGAGAACGGUACACAGCAAAACCCCAGCAGUGUCCUGGCAAAGCCCCCCAGGGCCUUCGCAUCAUCACGUCUGAUGGCAAACUGACAGCCGAGCAAGGACACAACGUCACUUUCCUGGUGCAGCUGGAAGAGGGAGACCUCCAGAGAUCCCUCAUUCAGGUGGAUUUUGGAGAUGGCAUCGCUGUGUCGUAUGCCAACCUGAGCUCGACAGAAGAUGGGAUCAAGCACAUCUACCAGAACGUGGGCAUAUUCCGAGUGACCGUGCUAGUGGAAAACAGCCUGGGUUCUGACAACGCUGUCCUUUACCUGCAUGUAACGUGCCCUUUGGAACAUGUUCACUUAUCUCUACCGUUCGUCACCACAAAGAACAAGGAGGUCAACGCCACGGCAGUACUGUGGCCAAGCCAAGUGGGAACACUUACUUAUGUCUGGUGGUUUGGGAACAACACAGAGCCACUGAUCACAUUGGAAGGGAGCAUCACAUUCACAUUUUCUGUGGAAGGAAUGAACACCAUCACCGUUCAGGUCGCGGCAGGGAACACCAUUCUUCAGGAUACAAAGACUAUUGCUGUGUAUGAGCAAUUUCAGUCCCUGCGGUUAUCAUUCUCUCCAAACCUGGAUGACUACAAUCCAGAUAUCCCAGAGUGGAGAAGGGACAUCAGUAGAGUAGUCCAGAGAGCUCUGGUGGAGGCAACAGGUAUUUCAAGCAAGCAUCUUCUGGUCGCAGUGCUCCCCGGUCUGCCCACAUCUGCUGAACUCUUCAUUUUACCAUAUCAAGAUGCUACAAGAGAAAAUAAAAGAACAGCAGCAGACCUAGAGCAGAUUUCAGAAACACUGAUCCAGAAACUGAACCAAAACCUGGUCCAUUUUGAGUUGAAGCCAGGGGUUCAAAUCCUUGUCCAUGCUGCCCAUUUAACAGCAGCUCCCCUGGUGGACCUCACUCCCAGUCACAGUGGUUCAGCUAUGCUGAUGCUCCUCUCUGUCGUUUUUGUGGGACUAGCCGUGUUUGUAAUCUACAAGUUCAAAAGGAAGAUUCCUGGCCUUAAUAUAUAUGCACAGAUGCAGAAUGAAAAAGAUCAAGAGAUGGUCAGUCCAGUCAGUCAGAGGGAAAGCAUACCUAAUGUCCCUCAAAGUGAGCUGAUGAGCCCUGAGCAACUAGUAGAUGAGAAGUUGGAAGUCCAGCCCAUAGAGCAACCCCAGGCCACAGUCCAGAACCCAAGGAAAGGAAAUGCAACCAAGGUAGUCUGGACAGAGGACUUCCAAAAGGCUUGUGGAUCACCAAGAGGUUUCAAGCCAAGACCCGGAGCGGAAGUAUUUCCACAGCUGCUGAGCCCCAGAGCACAAAAGAAAUCCCUACCUAUGUAA